AUGAUUAAACUAAGCCGGAGGUCGCGCUCGAUGCUCUCGUUGGGCCUCAAUUCUCUCGCCCUCUGCUUCUCUGUGUCGGCGUUCUGCACCAGCUAUUGGUGUGAGGGGACCCACAAGGUGGUGAAGCCGCCCUGCCUCUCGGCUGUCAAGAAGGGGAACUGUGUGUCCAUCAACAGCAACGAGACCACGUACGGGAAUGUGACAAUGGAUCCUCACGUGGUCCAGUACAUCUGGGAGACGGGCGAAGACAAGUACGCCUUCCGAUACUUCCACACGGGCUUCUGGCUUUCCUGUGAGGAACAUCAUGGAGAGGAGAAGUGCCGAAGUUUCAUUGAGCUGCCCCCAGAGUCGGAAAAAGGUGUGCUUUGGCUCUCUGUGGCCUCAGAAUUUCUUUACAUCAUCCUGUUGACCAUUGGAUUCUUGUUGAUGUGCUUGGAUGCUGUCUACUACGCCAACUUCAUUGAUGGACUCAAGAUCAAUGCUUUUGCUGCUGUGAUCACCGUUCUUUCAGGGCUAUUGGGCAUGGUGGCCCAUAUGAUGUACAUGACCGUCUUCCAGGUCGCUGUGAACCUAGGACCAAAAGACUGGAGGCCUCAGACAUGGUAUUAUGGAUGGUCAUUUGGCAUGGCCUGGCUCUCUUUCACGCUCUGCAUGGCCGCCUCCGUUCUGACCCUCAACACCUACACGAAAACCAUCCUGGAGUUCAAAUACCGUCGGCGGAUUUUUGAGAAGCAUACCGCAUCGAUGGCGAGCGCCAGAGGCCCCGGCUCACCUGCUCUGGCCCCCGACCUUGAGCGCUUCCUCUGGGAUAAAUACAUAUUCAGCGUUAGUGACUCUCUUGACUUCUCACCCGGCCUGCCGGGCCCCAUGGCUCCUGGAGGGGGCCGGAAGACCUAUGCCGGGGGCUAUGCUGGCCUCGCAGGGGGUUACAGUGGGGAUGCUGGUGAUGAAGACGAUGGGGAACCUUGCUAG